AUGGAAAACUUAUCUUCUACUACCCCUACUAAACAUGCUCGUUCUCAAUUAGUUUCUAAUAUACCACAUAAUACCACUGACCCUAAACAAUCACCUCAAACUGAUCGUUCUCAAUCAGUUUCUUCUAAUGCACCAUAUAAAUCUACCAAUCCUCAACCAACCAAGGGGUCAGCCCGUUCUGAAUCACGGGCGAAUACUCCCGAAUUCGGAUCUAAUACUCCUUCUUAG